CUGUAUACUUAUCGUUACCACCAUAUAUGGAACACGAAAUGAACACUUUGUUACACAGCAUAGAGAUAUUUGUAAGCGACCCUUGUAAUGAUUUGUGUGCUGGAGGCACUGAUGGUGGUACUGGUAAUUGCAAGAACUGUGCUUCAAUUAGUUUAUCUGGCUCUAAUGUUUAUCCUCUUCCGAAAUCGUUUAAUUCCAAAGUUGACACAUGGACAGGAAAUGAAAACAGAUUUAAGAAGGAGCAUGUGAUUGUUAAAGUAUGCAAAGAUCACCAGGAAAAGUGUACAAACGCUAGAGGAAUUACUGAAUGCAUCGGAAUAGGAAUGUGUGACAAAAACUUUUACAAAACCAUUUACGCAUCCCUUUUGGCAGUUGGUCAACUGAUGUUGUUUGACCAUAAGGGUCUUGAAUUCGCUAUGGCUACUGUGGAACAGACGCUUGAAGAAUUGCAUGGUUUUUGUAAAGGUUCAAUCAAGGCUGAGUUGUUUGACUCUGGACGGACUACAACAGGGAUUGGCCUUUAUAUAGCGCCAUCUAUUACCAGGACUGAGAGUAUGAAAAAGGUAGACGAAAAGAUUUUCAAUCAAGAUUCAAUACGUAUAAAUGACGUAGAAAUAAGGAAGGUAGAAGGUACUUACACUAAAAAAUAUCUGGAUCAAGAUAAACCUAUUGGCAUGUAUAUAGCUGAUAACGGAUGCUUUAACUGUGAACAAAAUGAGGUUUGGUGUAUAUCGAUGGAACGAUCACUCUGUCUUCAGAAAAAAGAUUGCAUAGUUGGACAUCUUAAAGUUAAAACACUAGCAGACGACACCGACUUAAUCCGUAUAAGCCUCCUAGUAAAAGGUCGUGAAGUGAAUAUUAGUUUAACUGAUGUUGUGAAACUCGACAUGUUAUACCAGAUGGUUGAUAAUAUUGGAUGUCCACUGGAACAAGUCAACAAUUUCCAAAUUGUACCAUUCGAUACUUUAAUAUGGGAGAUAGGGUUUGAUCUCGUCAACAGAGAUAAUCUAACUGAAUUGGCUAAAUAUUUUUACCAGCUUCAAGUGAAGUUUGAAACAGAAGAACUCGUCAUAUAUGCAAACGAGGCGGAUAUGACAUCAUUACCAGGCAGCUUGUUGUUCAAACAAAUGAUAUAUGGUUACGAAGAACCUAAGGUCAUAACAAAGAAAUCAGGCAAUGUUUUUGUCACUGCAAGUGGAUUAUUUGUUCCUGGCAUUUUUAUCCUAGCGUUACUCGGGAAGAUAAUCAUCAAAAAACGGUCAAGUUGGAAAUCCAAUGAAAACGAGAAAAAGGUUGGCAACAGAUAAGACACGCCGUUGCCCCAGAUACCAAAGCAUACGAAGACUUUUCUACCAGAUUUUUGAGAGAGGAUUUGUGAAAACCAUUUUUUUAAACUUCCUUUUCGAUUUCACUUUUUUUUCAUCAUCAUUAAAAAAUUUGUAACUUCGAUUUGACAGAUCUGCACUAAAGCGUCUAAAUUCUUUAAAAAUAAAUCAAUGGCAGCACUACGACAGUAACAACAUCCACCAGCUUACAAAAUAUAGUAUCAUGGUACAGUCACUUUCCAUCAGCUAACUGACAGAGAAAUUAAGCAAUCUAUUUUUCUCUGAGAAAACAAUAAAUAUUAUAAAUAUGCAUUGUUUCCAAACAUUUCUGAACUGUCUUAUUUCUAGUUGUUAGAAAUUUUACUGCCACUUUUCAAUCCGUUUACAAAAUCUAUUUGUACCACAUUAAGAGUGUCAUAUAAUAUUAUAUUAUUACUUCCGUAUCUUGAAAUUUUAGAUAAUUCAACUUCAGAUUGACAGCAAUAUAAAUCCGUGCAUACAGUAAUAAACAAUUAAAACUUAUUUUUAGGUAAUCGUAUAGUUUACAGGUUUCAUUUGCAGCAGAGAAGCAUUUUAGAUAUUUUUAUUAGAAUAAAGAUUUUUUUGCUUUCUAAUUCCAUUAUUGACAUUGUUGCCAUUUAAUGUAGUCAAUGCGAACAAGUGCUUGGGAGUUCAGUAACGAGACAAACAAUCUUGAUGAAAAGUAAAGUAAUACUAAGGGAUGACUGAAAAGUUGUCCCGAUUUAAACUGGCAGUAUGGGGAUAUAAUCCUGAAAGAAAUUAUUAAAUUUAUGUUUAGUUCCCCCGAUUUCCUUUAUUUCAUCAUAUCUUCAGGUGUUAUACACACUAUAAGUCAUAUUUCUAAGAUAUUUUUUUUAUAUAGACAAAUGUAUUCCAUGGUAAGUUUUUUUGGUUGUUGUUGUUUUUUGUAUUUAGACUUAUUUCUGUUCUCUUAGAAGUCAAUAUAGAACAUAAAGAGCACAUUUCAUUGACAAAUAAUUUGUUUUUAUAUUUCUAUCAUACACUUUUUGUAUACAAAAAAUUUAA